AUGCCCGCUCCCAAACAGUCUGGCGGCAUGCUCGACCAGGACGAAGUCAUGCGCGCGAUGCUUGCCAUGAAGCAAGAGGCGCAAGCUCGCGCUGGCGACAGCGACAGCGACAACGACGACUCUGGCUCAGACUCUGGCUCGGACUCUGGCUCGGACAAUGGGUCGGACGACCUCUCUGACACCGAGGACAAGCCCGCCUCGUCUCCUUCCACCACCUCUUCCCCACACUCUUCCCCUCUCCCUACCGUCUCCUCCCUCCCAUCGCGCAGCGCCGUCGCCACAACCUCGCGCGUCAAGCUCCCUCCUCGUGCCGACCCCAAGGGCAAGACCAAGGACGUGUUCGACUCUGACCGCGUCUCUGCCAACGCGACGUUUGAGUCUAUCGGCCUGUCUGCCCCCGUCAUUACUGCUCUCGCACAGCUGAGCAUUCGCAAGCCUACCGAAAUCCAGACUGCGUGUGUGCCGGCCAUCAUGUCGGGCCGCGACUGCAUCGGCGGUGCCAAGACGGGUAGCGGAAAGACCAUGGCGUUUGCUCUGCCCAUCCUCGAGUCGAUCGCCCGUGACCCCUUUGGCAUCUAUGCCGUGGUGCUCACUCCUACGCGUGAGCUCGCAUACCAACUCUCGGAGCAGUUUUUGGCCAUUGGCAAGCCGCUCGGCCUGACGACCGCUACCAUUGUCGGUGGCAUGGACAUGCUCUCGCAGGCACAGGAGCUCGAGCGCCGCCCCCACGUCGUUGUUGCUACUCCCGGUCGCCUGUGUGACCUGCUCCGUUCCGACGGUGUUGGGCGGAGCAAGCUCUCGCGUGUGCGCACCCUUGUGCUCGACGAGGCGGACCGCAUGCUCACCCCCACUUUUGCGCCUGAGCUCGCGUUCCUCUUUGAGCAGAUCCCCAAGAACCGCCAGACCCUGCUGUUCACUGCCACCAUCAGCAACGCCAUCAUGGACUUGGCCAACAAGCCUCCUGCGCCUGGCAAGCAAAAGCCUUUUGUCUACCGCGUCGCCUCGGAUUCGCUCACUGUCGACCAGCUCAAGCAAAAGUACCUGUUCAUCCCCAGCCAGAUCCGCGACCCGUACCUAUACUACCUCUUGCAGCACCCACCUUCGGACAUUGACGUGGCCCUGCGCGCGCCCAAGCCCAAGCAGCCCAAGCCCAAGCAGGGUAAAGGAAAGAGUGGUGGUGGUGGUGGUGGUGGCAAGCGUGCUCGAGAGGACAGCCCCGAGGAGGAGGCCCUGGACAUUCCAUCCACGAUCAUCUUCACGCAGCGCUGUGCCACUGCGCACCUUCUCCACCUGCUGCUCGAGGCCCUCAACAUUCCCUCGGUCCCGCUCCACUCGCACCUCACGCAGCCCCAGCGUCUCCUGUCGCUCGCCCGCUUCCGCGCCCGCGAGGUGCCCGUGCUCGUGACCACCGACGUCGGUUCGCGUGGUCUGGAUAUCCCCGACGUGGCCAUGGUCAUCAACUGGGACUGCCCGCGCCGCGCCGACGACUAUGUCCACCGUGUCGGUCGUACUGCCCGUGCUGGACGCGGUGGUGUGGCCGUCACAGUCAUCACUGAGCGCGACGUCGAGCUCAUCAAGGCUAUUGAAGACGAGGUCAAGGUCACCCUCACGGAACUCGAGCUCCCCGAGGAGCCAGUGCUCGAAAACCUCAACAUGGUCUCGGUUGCGCGCCGUGUCGCCACAAUGGAGAUGCACGACUCUGGGUUUGGCGAGCGCAAGGCCGUCAACAAGGCCAAGGCGAUCAAGCGUGCUCGCCGCGACGCCACGGCUGCGUAG